AUGCCCGUUGACAGUGAUUUACAACUGCUGGAUUGUGGCGGCAGUGGUUGGAGAUGCGUUGACUCGGUCGCCUCGGUGCCCUCUUGGGUCCUCCCCACAUCAACACACGCGGUGUCGACCAAAAGUGGUGAAUCUUUGGCAACUCUCAGCGCCUUAGAAACCCGUCUGGAACGGGACAUCCUCCAACAACUCCCCCUCACGGGACUGUCCGAACGCACCGGCAGUGUGGACAACACGUACUACCCCGACUUUUUGGAGGGCACUUGGGAUGUCACACAGACUCUCGUGAACGUUCAAGCGCCGCUCGGCGCCAACCCCACACCGUGGGGUAUUGCCGAAGACCGCGUCUACAACGCCAUUCACCGCCUCGACGCCUUUGCCGGACGGGUCGUUGUGGCGAGUGCGGACUACGCCGACGUCGCGGCGGCCAACCGCGCCACCGUCCUGGCGCUCGGCGGUACCGUCCAGGAUCCCCUUCCCACCGUUGUGGUGCGGUUCAAGGGACCGGCUGCGCAAAAAACCUUCGUGACGAUGCACGCAGCCGAACGUGUCAGUCCAACCUCCUGGAUUGGCGUCGAAGGCAAUCGCGCUAUCUUUGCCCUCACCAAUCAGAGUACGGCCCCUCCCGUCUUUACUGAUUCCGAACUUGUUUGGAAGUUCGAGCGACUGGGCGAAGGACGGGUGCGGGGGAAACUGCGGAUCGUCGGAUACCUCAACGCGCAGUCGGAUAAACUGUACUUUGAGGCACGUAAUCGAGCCGUCUCGAUUCAAGAUUAUACCUUGGAGAUGAAACGCACGGAAUAG